AGCGCUGUCCCCUCCUGUCCCCGCCAUGGCCCUGGCACUGCCGCUGCUCCUCGCCCUGCUCGGGACCACCCCAGGUCUGGGGGCGCCGGGGGGGGGCUGUGGGGUGCCCCCCUCUGCCUGGUGCCAGGACUGGGUGACGGCGCUGCGCUGCGGGGCCCUGGGGCGCUGCCCCCGCCUCAGCCAGGGACCCCCCGAAAUGGACGCCUGUGCCGUGUGCCAGUACUUCGUGGACUGCCUAGGCAAAAUCUCAAACAAAACGGCCUUGGAGGAGGUGCUGGAGCACGUGGUGGGGUUGGUGUGCCCACACCUCCAUUUGAACACCUCGUGCUACGACCUGGCUAAACUGAUGGUCAGUUUGCUCCUCUGGGACAUCCAGAACCUUGAGCCCCGCGAGGUCUGUGUCAACCUGCAGCUGUGUCCUCCAGAGCCCGGCGCCGCGCUGGCCCUGCCCGUCCUGGAGCUGCCCGGCGGCCACCGGCAGGACCCCAAAGGUGCCACUGUCCCUGCGCUGUCCCUGUCCCUGGGCCCCUGUGCCCUGGGCCCCAUCUUCUGGUGCUCGGGCCCGGAGGCGGCGCGGCGCUGCCAGGCCCUGCAGCACUGCCGGGAGCACGUCUGGCUGUAGGGGGGCACCAGGACCCCCCAGCUUUCCCCAAUAAAGCUUGGAUGCAGCUCU